AGCAUCCACUUUACUGGGCUUUUUGUCCUUUCGCGGCACCAGUAGAGACUCUUCCUGUAGGACUGAAGCUCAGCUGAAGUGUGCUAGCGGUUUCUCUGAAGGUCGUCGGCCUAACUUUCAAUCAACCAUGUCUCUGCCAAAGCCAGUAAUGAGGGGAUUGUUGGCGAAGCGCCUGCGGUUCCAUCUUCCCAUUGCAUUUACCCUUGCUAUAACGGCAGCAAUAGCUUUCAAGUACACAGUGACCGAGCCCAGGAAGAAAGCAUAUGCUGAUUUCUACAAGCAGUACGACGCCGUCAAAGAGUUCAAUGCCAUGAGAGAAGCCGGCAUCUUCGAGAGCGUGCGGCCCUCUGGAGAGUAAAGCUUCUCUCCCCCGUCCUGUCAGUCAUUCCUGGUCUGAAAAUGGUUUCCCUUUGAUGCUUACUGAUCACAUGUGAACAUCGUUCUGCUGUUGGUUCCUGAAAAUACAAUAAACUAUUCUAUUAAUGAAA